AUGGACAACGAGAAACAAGAGAAUAAGGCACCGAAGGAGAAACCGCUCCAUGAGCUGCUCACCUCCUCACUCGUCGACAUCUACGUCGGCCCGGACUCGACGCAUUGGACGCUCCACGAAAGACUUCUGACUUACUAUUCGCCUUUCUUCGCCUCCAUUUUCUACGGCGACGACAAGACCGAAGAGAAGAAGUCCCGCGGAAACAAGUCUUAUGGGCUCCCAGACGAGGAUGAUUACCCGUUUGAGCUCCUGGUGGGCUGGUUAUACUCGAAAUCCAUCCGUCCUCCCCAGACCGAAAAAGACAUAGGCCCUCUACUCGAGCUGUACCUGCUGUCGGAGAAAUUCCAGAUGGAGAAGCUCAGCCAUGAUGUGGUCGAAGUUGUGCGAGAGUUCUACCACACCACCUCCACAUACCCUGGCCUACGCAGAGUCCAGUACAUCUACGCCGAAACCGACGAAGACAACGAGAUGCGCGAGAUGAUGGUCUCAUCCAUCGCCCGCCAGUUGACCACCGCCGACAAGAUUCCAUCACACUGGGCCUCUGCACUCAAGCGCAACGGGCAACUUGCCGUCGACAUCAUCCGCGCCAUCCAGCAAUGGCACAUUGAAGAACGCAGCAUACCGGACGUCCGAGAUGGCAGCCAGUGCCGUGGCAGGCGCGCGAAUGGCGGCAUCUUCAGUGCGAUCGAGCGAGCCACGGACUCACAAGAAACGCAUGACACCACCGACACCAACCUGGGCGUCGAGAGUAUCAACAGUGGACAGAGUGACACACCGAAUGUCAAGAGCGACGCGGAAGAGUAA